UAUCAGAAUCAUAUUCAUACCUGCAGUGUUCUCCAUAUAGAACAGCCAAUGUUUUUUGCAAUUCAGGCUCGGGAAUAUAAUUUUCAAGUGUUUCUCUCAGAUUAAAGUCUUCCAUCUUGAGGCUGCAAGUACGACUGACUGGUUCACGUUGUAACGAGAAGGGCGCUCACAUCGUUCGGUGUCAUUCGUUGUUUACAAAUGACACGUGCAUGACGAGAACUGUAUUUCCGACGAGAAAUAGAUGUUUAAUUGAGUGCAAGGAUGGGAGAGAAUCAAGGAGCUAUCAUUUGUGUUCCUGGCCAAAGGCUGUGCCCAGCAAACAAAACUAGUCUUCCUGGACCUGGGACUUACGAAUUGAAUGGAUAUAUUUAUGCCAAGUUAGCUGGGACUGUUGAAAUAUUGGAGGAUGAUAAUACUAAAACGAUAAUAGUUCAUGGUACAACAGAGCAGAGCAUCGUUCCAGCACCAGGUGACAUCGUCACAGCAAUGGUCACAGUGGUAAAUCAAAGAUUCUGUAAAUGCAUCAUGAAAUGCAUUGGAGACACUGUCUUGACAAGGCCUUACAGGGGAAUAUUGAGAAAAGAGGAUGUUAGGGCGACUGAGAAAGACAGAGUGGAGUUGUACAAGUCCUUUCGACCUGGAGAUAUAGUUCUUGCUCGGGUUAUGCCCAUGACUGAAGCCCAUACCUACUCAUUAAGUACAGCUGAAAAUGAAUUGGGUGUUGUCGUUGCUCACAGUGAGGAAGGUGUUUCCAUGAUACCCAUCAGCUGGACGGAGAUGCAGUGCCCGAAAACACUGACUAAAGAAUUCCGAAAAGUGGCCAAAGUUGUUCCUGAACAUAUUAUCACUGAAACUGGGGCGCCAUUUACUAUGAAUAAACACGUUUUGCCGCCUGAGAAACAAUGUAGUUAUGGCGCCUGCUCUUCUAACAACAUGUCAUAACAACUCUGAACUCUAACAAUUUCUCGCCGUUAAUAUUCAGUGACAAUA